CAGCUAACACCGUUAACACCCCGUCAUUAUUUAUGGAAAAAAUAAAAAAAUACAACAAACAUUCCAAUUUUCACAAAACAUUGAAGAUUAUAAAAAAAUGUUUCAAAUCGCGUGAGCUGAGUAAUUUAAAACCUUGCAGUCACCCCUUCAUUCAUUCCUCUUCUCUCAUGGUCUCCACAUUUUCUUACCCGUGAAGAAGAGGGUAGCUAAACAGCCAUCUUCUUCAAUCUCCCACAUCUUAUAUAACAAUAACAACAGAUCUUUCACCAAUCAGAUCUAAAAUUCUCAAUCUUUAUAUCUUAAUUGGAGUUUCGAUUGAUUGAAUCUUGAUCUGUGGAAGAUCCGAUGGUUUUUUGAUUGAAUCUGAGGAUACCCAUUUUGUAUUUAGUUUGUGAAUUAGAAUGGAAAUGGAGUAUGGGAAGCUGUUCAUUGGUGGGAUUUCAUGGGAUACAAAUGAAGAAAGGUUAAAGGAGUAUUUUCAAUCUUUUGGUGAAGUGAUUGAAGCUAUAAUUAUGAAGGAUCGGAUCACGGGUCGUGCUCGUGGGUUUGGGUUUGUUGUGUUUUCCGACCCGGCUGUUGCUGAAAGAGUUGUGAAAGAAAAACAUAUGAUUGAUGGUAGAACUGUAGAAGCAAAGAAGGCUGUUCCACGCGAUGAUCAACAGAUUCUCAACAGAAGCAGCAGCAGCGUUCACAGUUCACCGGGUCCCAUUCGCACAAAAAAGAUCUUUGUUGGUGGUUUGGCAUCCUCGGUCACCGAAAACGAUUUCAAGACCUAUUUUGACCAGUUCGGAACAAUAACCGACGUGGUGGUGAUGUAUGAUCACAACACACAGAGGCCUAGAGGUUUCGGAUUCAUUACUUACGAUUCUGAAGAAUCCGUUGAUAAAGCAUUGCUUCGAACUUUUCAUGAACUCAAUGGUAAAAUGGUUGAAGUCAAACGCGCGGUUCCAAAAGAGUCUUCUCCUAGUCCUAACAGGAACCAGAUAAGCGGAUUUAACUAUGGUUUAAGUAGAGCUAGUAGUUUUCUUAACUACGGUUUAGGUCAGGGAUAUAAUAGUCCAAGUUACGGACCGAGAAUGGAUGGUCGGUUUAGCCCGGUUUCCAUCAGUCGAUCUGGGUAUCCACCGUUUAGUCCGUCUAGUUAUAAUAUCGGAAUGAAUUCUGAUUCGGUUUUGGGUUUACACUAUGGAAGUUAUAACUCUAAUAUUGGAUACACGCGUGCGAUCAGUCCAGCGUAUAAUGCAGGUUCAAAUAGACAUGCUGAUCCGUUUGGGUACGGGCUGGGAGGAGGUGGCGGUGUGGAAAAUGGGUCGGUUUUGAACCCGACUAAUCAUAACAUGUGGGCGAACGGGAGCCAGAAUUUGAGCAACGUUUUGGCUACGGGAAAUCCGUCUGGCGGGAUUGGAGCAAUUUGGGGUAGUUCCAAUGGUGGUCAAGUUGGCGGUGUCGGUGUCGGUGUCGGUGGUGGUAAUGCUGGUUUCGUUGGCGGUAAUCUUAACUAUGGCAAUGAAGCGAGUACUGUUGGUCAUAGGAGCAACGGGAACAGGAUUACCAACGCGGCUUAUUCAUACGGCGUGAUUGAUGAUGAUGACGUUGGCGGUGAUAAACUUUUUGGUGGUGGUGGUAGUGGUGAUUCAUUAUUUGCGGACCCCACUUGGCGGGCAUCAUCUCCCGAGCUUGACGUAUCUGAUUUGUUUGGAUAUAAUCUCGGAACUGGAGCGUCGGAUGGUAUACCCAAAAACUCAGUUGGUUACGUCGGAUAUAGUGUCACGAAUAGAUCAAAUAGAGGUAUCGCUGCGUAGGAAGUUUGCUAAAUGGAGAUAUGCAGUUAUGAAGAUGAAGAAAGAUUGAAGGAUUUUGUGAAUUCAUAAAAUACACCCCACGGCAAAAGGUACAUUGCGACGUUGCGUACAUUUGGUUAGAUCUAAUUGGAGCGCGUGUUAAAUAGUACACAUUACAUGAUUUGGUUUUGAAAAUAGGUUUUUUGAACUGUGAGUUCAUAUGAGAUGUGAAUCUUGGAUUGCAGAUAAAGGUGGUGUCAUUAGUUAUGGUGACAUCAAGAUAUAUGGAAAAGAAGAAAAGAAAAGAAAAGAAAAGAAUUGAAUUGAUAUUUGUUGGUUUUUUUAAACUUUUUUUUUUGAUGUGAAUCCCAGAAAAGUUAUAGUUUUUGUAAGGUAAUGUGGUCUUUGAAUCCAUACUUAUUUUGGGGUUUGUUGCUGAUUUGAUUGUUUGAAAUAUUUGGUGGGAAAUACUCUUGUUGGAUGCUAAAUUGGGAUCAAUGAAAUUAGUCCAUAUUUAGUA